UAAUCGUGUGCAUGGGCGUGAGUGCCGCUUCCGUACUGAACCAGCUCCUCCGCAAGGAAAACCUGAAGCCACGGCAACCACCCGAAACCAAAGCAGUGAUCCAAACGAUCCUCACUUACCUCGAAGCGGGUCGUAUCCGAAAAGCUACAUCUGUUCUCUUCGCCUUCCCAGAACCCUUCCCGUACUCUCUCUAUGCUCAAUUCUUUCGCCUAUGUUCCUCCUACCGCGCCAUCGUCGAGGCUCGCAAGGUCGAGUCCCACUUGCUCACCUUCUCCCCCAAUCCCCCGAUCUUCCUCCUAAACCGCGCCAUCGAAUCAUACGCCAAAUGCCACUGUCUCCGGGACGCCCGCGAACUGUUCGACGAAAUGCCCAGACGAGAUGGCGGCACUUGGAACGCCCUCAUUACUGCUUACUCCCAAUUGGGUUUCCCAAACCAGGCUUUUUCCUUGUUCCUCUGUAUGACUAGGUCCGGCGUUUUUCCCUCGGAGGUUACUUUUGCAAGCGUUCUUGCUUUUUGUGGUGCGGGUUCUCAGCUUCUUCUUUCCAAACAGGUUCAUGGGCUGGUCACAAAGUUUGGCUUUUGUGGCAAUGUGAUUCUUGGGAGUUCACUUGUUGAUGUCUAUGCGAAGUGCGGGGUUAUGAUUGAUGCUCGCAGGAUGUUUCAUGAGAUUCCGCAGCCUAAUGCUGUCACUUGGAAUGUGAUCGUGAGGCGUUAUCUUGAUGCUGGUGACGCAAGGGAAGCGGUUUUCAUGUUCUCGAGGAUGUUUUCCACGGCGGUUCAGCCGAUGAAUUUUACUUUCUCUAAUGCUCUGGUUGCGUGUUCAAGCUUGUCUGCACUCCAGGAGGGUAUGCAGAUUCAUGGGGUGGUUGUGAAGUUGGGCCUCCAAGAUGAUAAUGUUAUUUCGAGUUCGCUUCUGAACAUGUAUGUCAAGUGUGACAAGCUGGAGGAUGGUUCUCGGGUUUUUGAUCUGCUUGGUUCGAGAGAUUUGGUGUCUUGGACUUCCAUUGUUUCGGCGUAUGCAAAUAGUGGGAAAACUUUGGAGGCAAGAAAGCUUUUCGAUAAGAUGCCUGAACGGAAUGUGAUUUCAUGGAAUGCAAUGUUAGCGGGAUAUGUUCGGUGCUUUGAAUGGUCCGAGGCGUUAGAUUUUGUAUAUCUCAUGCGUAAUGAGAUUAAAUAUGUAGAUCAUGUCACACUCGGUUUAAUGUUAAAUGUUUCUGCGGGUAUUUCGGAUCAUGAAACGGGGAAACAGAUUCACGGAUACAUCUACAGACAUGGCUUCCACUUGGACAUUAGGGUUAGCAAUGCCCUUCUUGACAUGUAUGGUAAGUGUGGGAACUUGAACAGCGCCAAGAUUUGGUUUAACCAGAUGAGUAAGUGGCGUGACAGGGUUUCUUGGAAUGCUUUGUUGGCUAGCUAUGGCCAUCAUCAAUUAAGUGAACAGGCGUUAACAAUGUUUUCAGAGAUGCAGUGGGAGACAAAACCAACCAAAUAUACAUUUGGAACCCUUUUGUUAGCUUGUGCAAAUACCUUUGCCCUUUACCACGGUAAACAAAUUCAUGGAUUCAUCAUUAGACAUGGAUUUCAGAUAGAUACUAUAAUGAGAACUGCUUUGGUCUACAUGUACUGUAAAUGCCGUUGUCUUGAGUCUGCUAUUGAGGUUCUGAAGGGAGCAGUUUCUAGGGAUGUGAUAAUUUGGAACACCAUAAUUUUGGGAUGUUGUCACAAUCAUAGGGGUAAAGAAGCGCUUGAACUUUUUGUGAUGAUGGAAGCAGAAGGCGUCAAGCCAGAUCAUGUGACCUUAAAGGGCAUUCUGCUGGCGUGCGUUGAAGAAGGCCUAGUUGAUUUUGGAACUGAAUGCUUCAAUUCACUGAGCAGUAAAUACAAUGUCCUUCCUCGGCUGGAGCAUUAUAACUGCAUGAUUGAACUCUACAGUCGGCAUGGAUCCAUGCAUGAGCUUGAAAAUUUUAUGAGGACAAUGACCAUUGAGCCCACACUUCCUAUGUUGGAGAGAGUUCUUGAUGCUUGUCAGAAAAAUGAGUGGUCAAGAUUGGGAGAAUGUAUUACAGAAAAAAUUAAUGCAUUCAAAUACUAAUUAAUUUCAACCUUUAGGGUGCGUGCAUUGUAGCAGCCAGGGCAGAGGAUGUUGGUGUUGUCAUAAAGACAGUAAGUCACAUGGCAAAUACAUGCAGUGGAAUAUGACUGAUCAAGGUCUAUAUUGAUGACCAUCAGGUUAAUACAUGGGUGUGCUGCCGGAGCAUGGAUACUUUCUGCCCUUGCAGUGAGCAAGACAUUCUCCACUUUUACUGAAGCAAAAUGAUCGUGGGACUAUUGUCCUGGGAUGUAGCAAGCUUUAAGAUUUACGAUGAGAAGUUUAUGUUUCAAGUUAUAAUAAGCAUAUACAAAGAGAAAGGACAAACUCCGCUUUUAUCGCAACAUUGCCAGUUGAUAAUGGCGUCAAGGAGGGAUGAUUGACAUACUUGGAUUGUUGUUUAACAUUCAUUUGAGUAAAUCAUAUUACAUAGAGGCAUUGACCAGAA